UAAAAUCUUAUGGGCUGUCUCUUUGCUAAAAAAACAGGGAAAAAUAAUUAUGAAUUGCAGGAUGUUUAGCCUUAGUAGAUAUUAUAAUAAAGAUAGGGAUACUAAUUUAUCAAAAAAUGCAUUUCACCAUUAGCCUACCUAAGCGAAUGGACCAGAUGAAUCAUCUUAAAAUAGUAGCUAAUAAAAAUUAAUUAAUGAAAAUCCCUCCUGCUUGUUAACUGACAGUUCUAGUGAUGAUGAAGAAAUUUAUUAAAUUGAUGAAAUACUAAAGUUUAGAAGAGCCUAAUUAAAGAAGAAAAGAAGAUAAAAUAAAGGAUACAGACAUAACUCAUUAAAUAAUCUUGAUAAAGUUUUUAUAACUGAAUAAAAUAUAAAAAAAAGAAGUUCUUCAUUGGGAUAAAUAGCAUUAGGUCAAAUUUCUAUUAAUAUGCUUUAUUAUGAAAAGUUUCAAAAAAUGAAAAAUAUCUAAAGACGACCUUUAAAAGUGUAAAUAGAUUCAAUUUUAAUAGACAUAAAUUAAUAAAUUGAAAAAUUUGACUAAAAUAAUUAGAAAGAAUAAAUAUCUUUAAGGAGUUCUUUUUCAUCUAUGGAAUAAUUAGUAGCUUAAUGCAAAAAUUGUAAAAAUGUAAUAGAGAAUGAUUAGUACUAACUUGAAUGUUUGCACAUUUUUGAUUCUAAAUGUUUAGUUAAAUUAAUAAUCGAUUAAAUUUAGAAAGAUUAAACAAAAAUUCAUUGUUUAUGUCAAUAAAUUAUCAAAACAAAGCUAUUGAAAAAAAUUUUAAUAACAAAUGUGGAAGAAAGUGAACAAUAUUUACAAAAACUUUUUGCAAAUCAAUACUAACAUUUGGAAUAAACAAUCGAAUGA